GGAAAUAAACAAUAUUUAUUUUUUCAAAGAUACGUUCGUCUAAACAACUGCAUACAGCAAACAGCAAGUUGUAUAGUGUAUUUACUCGUACUACAUAAUAUGAAACCUGAGAAAAAGUCAACUAUGGUUAAUGAAAAUAGGAAAGUUACUGAGAUGGAUAUUGAUGAAUUCAUGAUGCAUGGUUUUGACUCAGAUGUGGAAACAGAUGAUGAAAACUUGAUUGUAGACGAAGAAGAAAGUAAAAUACAAUCAAAUGUUCGAUGUCAAACGGUCGAGUCAUGCGAAUCAAAAACUCAUACCCAUAAAGAUCAACUGGAAAGAUUGAAAGAGAAAGACCCUGAAUUUUAUAAAUUUCUUCAAGAAAAUGAUGAAGAAUUGUUAGAAUUUAAUGACUCUGAGACUGAUGAUGAAUUUGGAGUUGAAAGUGAUGUUGAUGAAGAGGAAAAGUCUGUCAACGAUGAUAAGAUGGAAGAUGUAAAGGAGAUACUUUGUGAAGAAAAUGAAGAACAUGAUGACAAGGAAAAAAAACAGAAAAAAGGAAAACUUGUUACAUUAUCGAUGAUAAUAAAUUGGACAAAAGGAAUGCAGAAUAAAUCUCUAGCAUCACUGAAACAGAUUGUUCAAGCUUUUGAUUGUGCUAUUCAUGAUACACUUGUAUCAAGUGAAGAUUCAAAUGAACACAAGUCACCAAAGUAUCAUAUUGAAGGAGAUGAAGUAUUUAACACAUUGAUUCAAACUUGUCUGAAAAAUGUUGUUGAAGUUGUUGAAGAUCAUCUUGGCACAACACCAAGCAAACAAAUAAAUAAUGGCAGAUUGCCAUCAGUAUACAAGAAAUGGCCUCAUGUAAAGACAACAAUGAAGCUAUAUUUAAAGACUGUACUACAGAUGUUACGUAAACUUAUGGAUCCAUCAAUGCUUUGUGUCGUCCUACGUCAUACACAUACACUCAUACCUUAUUUUUCAUGUUUUACCAAGCUGACAAAAGAUUUUAUAAAGAGAAUGGUUCGAAUGUGGUCAAGUGGGGAGCAACAUGUGCGUGUUAUGGCAUUCAUUGGUCUUACAAAGUUAUUUCGUUGGACUUCAUCAUCCAUGACUGAGUUUGCUAUCAAGCAAUUAUACACUAACUUUGUUAAGAACUGCAAGUUUACUUCAACAGCAUCUUUGCCAUUAAUCAUCUUCAUGCAAAACUCCUUGGUUGAGAUAUUUAGUAUUGACGUGAACUCAACUUAUCAACAAGGCUUUGUCUACAUUAGACAGUUGGCAAUCCACCUAAGAAAUGCAAUCAUCCAAAGGAAGAAGGAUUCCUAUCAAUCUGUAUACAACUGGCAGUUUAUUCAUUGUCUUCGACUGUGGUCUCGUGUUUUAAGUGAAAUUCCCAACAGGCAUACCUUGGAACCUUUAAUUUAUCCUUUAGUUCAAGUAACUCUAGGAGUACUAAGGUUGAACCCUACAUCAAGAUAUUAUCCUUUGAGAUUUCAUUGCAUUCGAACACUUAAUUUGUUAUCUCAAGCAACCUCUACAUUUAUACCUAUUGCGCCAUUUCUUUUGGAGAUUUUGGAUAAUUCAGACUUCAAUAGACCAGUAAAGCUUUCAACGGCAAAGCCAACAAGUUUUUCAUCAAUUCUUAGAGUAUCCAAGCAGGAACUUCAUACAAAGACUUUUCAAGAUUCUGUUAUGGAGCAAGUAGUUGAACUGUUACUUGAGCAUUUUUCUACACAUGCGCAUUCCAUUGGUUUUCCAGAGCUUGCUUUUCCUUGCAUUGUCCAGAUGAAGCAGUUUGUGAAGACGACAAAAGUUCCACGACUUCGUAAACAGAUAAAAGAAUUUUUAGAAAAACUGAAUGAAACAUCCGUGGAAGUCACAAAAAAACGUUCAACAGUUACGUUCAGUCCGAAAGAUGUUGAAGAAAUCGAGAAAUGGGAAAGUGACUAUAGCAGGAAACCAAAUGCCAUUGUUACAUUUUAUAACCGUUGGAAAACUAUGAAAUUAAACAUUGAACGAGCGAAUGAAGAACGUGCACAAGGAGGAAGCGAAGAAUCAGAAACAGUAACAACACGCAUUUCAAAGAAACGAAAGAAAAUGGAAUCAAUGAAGACAAAGACGAAUAAUAAAAAGAAACGUGCGAAAACAAGUGAUGAAAAAUCAAAGAACAACGACGAAAUUGUAAACGACUAUGAAGAUGUUGUUACUGAUUUUCAAUUGUCACAUUUCGAAGAUUAAUUAUGUAUACGAGGAAGUUAUAUGGUGAAUAAAAUCUCUGUGUUUACCUGUGACAGAGAAGAAUUUUCGAAUUGUAAAAUAACCAUGAUUCCUUCUGA